AUGCUCUCCUGUCGCCCUUUUGAAAGGCUUACCAACUUUGGGAGGGGGUCCCUGGCAGUUUCAUUUUGCACCGGGGCCCUCAAGUCUUGUGACUGGUCCUGCUGCAUCCCUCACCCCGUGCCCCAGUCACAGAGGCGUCUACACCGCGCGCCGCCUGAGCCUGCUCCGCUCCGCGUGGGCCUCAAGUGCACACCCCGCCCCCAGCCCCGACUCAAGGCCCCCUGCACCUCCCGGAGCCGCACGUCACUGGGGCGCCAAGCCUCCAGGGACUUCAGAAGGAGGAAACGUGAGGGACGGCGCCCUCCUGAGCUGAGGGAAAUAGAGGGGACCCCACCCGGAGCAGCGCCGGCUGAGGGGAAGCUGGGGAAGCGGUGGUUCGCCACGCGGCGCCCCUCCAACAAAAAGGGGACCCGCCUGCACCAGGGAUCCGGCGGACAGGAAAGGCGCGUGGCACAAACGCCAAAGACGCAGAACAACAGGCGGCCGCGAGCCACGCGCGACGAGCUCCGAACCACGAGCUUGGAGGCCACGCUGGGAUUAUCAUCCACUGAGGAUGAGGGUGAAGACCCCUGGUACCACAAAGCAUGCAAGUGUGACUGCCAAGGAGGUGCCAACACCCUGUGGUCUGCUGGUGCUACCUCCCUAGACUGCAUACCGGAAUGCCCCUACCAUAAGCCCCUGGGUUUCGAGUCAGGAGAGGUUACAGCAGACCAGAUCACCUGCUCCAACCUGAACCAGUACGUGGGCUGGUACUCCUCCUGGACAGCCAACAAGGCCCGGCUCAACAGUCAAGGCUUUGGGUGUGCCUGGCUCUCCAAGUUCCAAGACAGCAGCCAGUGGUUACAGAUAGAUCUGAAGGAGGUCAAAGUGAUCUCAGGGAUCCUCACUCAGGGGCGUUGCGACAUCGAUGAGUGGAUGACCAAAUACAGUGUUCAGUACAGGACUGAUGAGAGCCUGAACUGGAUUUACUACAAGGACCAGACUGGGAACAACCGGGUCUUCUACGGAAACUCUGACCGAACCUCCACAGUGCAGAACCUUCUGCGGCCGCCCAUUAUCUCCCGCUUCAUCCGGCUGAUCCCGCUGGGCUGGCACGUCCGCAUUGCCAUCCGGAUGGAGUUAUUGGAGUGUGUGGGCAAGUGCCCCUGA